AUGCAGUCGUCGGUCGUCAGCUGCAGCAAGGGAGCCAAGCUUCCAGCGCAUUCACUCCCCUCUUCUCACUUGCUUCCCCUUUCCCUACCCUAUAUUCUUCCCCACACCAGUCCCCCCGACAUCGCCAGCUUUCCCAGCUACGCCAUUCAGCGGAUUCCUCUCAGCUUUACCUACACAACACCACAUCGCGUCACAUCGCAUCGCAUCAGCAUUUCGCCGCUGUGGCGCUCGUCUCACUAG